AUGUCUAAUGAGAAAGAUCUCGGUAAUCCAUUGGAAUUACGCAUUUCUGUUUACACUCGAUUUUGGCUCUAUCUUAUUCCAAGUGCUUUAUCACUUCUAUGUUCAUUUUUUGUUUUAUUUCAUCUUUUAUUUGAUCGAACACUUCGUCAAGCUUUGAACAAUCAUAUUAUUAUUGUUCUUCUUCUCAUUGGCUUACUCUAUGAAGUAGUAAGUGUUCCAUUGAUGCUUUAUUGGUACCAAAAUGGUGAUACUUGGAUAUUCCCACUUAGCUUUGCUCAUUUUUGGACAUUAGUUGAUUAUUUCUGUUAUUCCACACAAUUAGUAGGUUUUGCUUGGGCUUCAAUUGAACGACAUAUUCUUAUAUUUCAUAGUCAUUGGGUAUCAACAAAAAAGAAACGAUUUUUGGUUCAUUAUCUUCCUUUAAUCGUAGUUCUGGUCUAUUCGUUUAUCUAUUAUUUGGUAAUUAUUGUAUUUCCAUUUUGCCAAGAAGUUAUUAUUCAAUCACCGUUCAAUGGUGUUCCUAUGUCUUGCGUAUUAGCUAAUCCAUUUUUUUACAAAUAUAAUACAAUUAGCCAUCAAUUUCUUCCGGUAUCUCUUAUAAUUAUUUUGAAUGUUGCUCUUUUUCUACGUGUUAUAUGGCAAAAAUCUCGUAUGAAUCGAUCAAUUGAAUGGCGAAAACAACGAAAAAUGACAAUACAAUUAUUAUCAGCAUCGACUCUUUACUUUAUAUUUAUGGGUCCACGAACAAUAUUUCAAUUCUGUAGAUUUCUCGGUUUGGCAACAAAUGACAUACUAGUUUUAUACUAUCAUAGUGCAUUCUUUGCAAAUUAUAUUAUGUUUCUUUUUCCAUUUGUUUGUUGUGCAUCAAUGCCUGAACUUGGAAAAAAACUAAAGAAAAUUUUGUUCUGUCAACGACAAAGACAAGUUAUUGUUCCAGUACCUUUACCUACAAAAAAUACGACAAACAAGCGAACAGAUCAAAUAGGAAUAACUGCUCAUUAA